AUGAUCUUCUGGAGCAACACACAUACACAAGCACGCACACUCAUCCACAACAGAGACCGAUACACAGUGUACAGUGAAGAGCAGAGAUCCGGAUCCGUGUGUUUCAGGCAUGUGGUCAGCCUGUGCUUUAUUUCUGGCCUUCUCCUCGGCUGCCCUAGCUCUGGACAAUGGGCUGAUGAGGACCCCGCCGAUGGGCUGGUUAGCAUGGGAACGAUUCCGCUGCGACAUCGACUGCCAGAAUGAUCCUUACAACUGCAUCAGUGAGCAGCUGUUCAUGGAUAUGGCGGACCGGCUGUCAGAGGACGGAUGGAAAGAGCUGGGCUACGUCUACAUCAACAUCGACGACUGCUGGUCCUCAAAAGACAGAGAUGCUCAGGGCCGACUGCAGCCUGACCCUAAGAGGUUUCCUCGAGGCAUUCCUCAUCUGGCGCAGUACGUCCAUGACCGCGGGCUGAAGCUGGGCAUCUAUGGCGACAUGGGCACGCUGACCUGUGGAGGGUAUCCGGGAACCACACUGGACAAGAUCGAGACGGACGCACAGACGUUUGCAGAAUGGGGGAUCGACAUGCUCAAGUUGGACGGAUGUUACUCCAACUCGUCCUACCAGGAACAAGGAUACCCAAUGAUGUCGAAGGCCCUCAACGCUACCGGUCGUCCCAUUGGCUACUCCUGCAGUUGGCCCGCCUACCAGGGAGGCCUCCCACCUAAAGUGAACUACACUCUGUUGGGUCAGAUCUGUAACCUGUGGAGGAACUAUGAUGAUAUCCAGGACUCGUGGGACAGUGUGAUGGGUAUCGUGGACUGGUUCUUCGACAAUCAGGACGCCCUCCAGCCGGCGGCCGCACCGGGACAGUGGAACGACCCAGACAUGCUGAUCAUUGGAGACUUCAGCCUCAGUCUGGAUCAGUCUCGGGCUCAGAUGGCUCUGUGGUCCAUCAUGGCGGCUCCGCUCUUCAUGUCUAAUGACCUGCGCACCAUCAGCAGCGCCGCUCGCUCCGUCCUCCAGAAUAAAGGCGCCAUCACCAUCAACCAGGACCCACUGGGCAUCCAGGGCCGACGCCUGCUCAAGGAGAAGAGUGGGAUCCAGGUGUUCCAGCGGCCGCUCUCUAAAGGAGCCAGCGCUCUGGUGUUCUUCAGCCGCAGGUCUGAUAUGCCCUAUCGAUACACCACAUCUCUGAAGACCCUGGGAUACCAGCCUGGAGUGUUUGAGGUAUUUGACGUGUUCUCAGAGCAGCGUUUGCCUGAACUGAAGGACAGCACUCAGUUCACCGUGUCCAUUAACCCAUCUGGUGUGGUCAUGUGGUACGUCUAUCCGGCUGCUGAUUGGAGGAAAGAGGCGGAGUUUGAACGGUUCGGCAAGAAGCUCAUUGGCCCGAAGUUCCAUCGACAUGCAAAUGAGGUCGACGCCCCCCUGGUGCUUUGAUUGGUUUUGCGAGGCUCCGCCCAUCUGGAAUAUAUUACACACUCAGGGACUUUCAGACGAUGAAUCGUGCCUACAAUGUUGAUCUGUGAUUUUCCCUUUUAAUGAUUUUGUCUUUUAAGGAGCUGUUCAUGCUAAUCGGAUGUGUCUAAAAGCUUUUGCACUGACCUUCAAAAGAAGCCUGUUUACAAAACCAUAGCAUAUAUCAUUUAUGCAAAGUUAAUUCAGCACUAAUGAUGUUCAAAUCAUGUGUACUGCUGUUUUUAAACGCAAAUAAACACACCUGAUUGUCAGACUCA